UUGGCUUUGUCCCUCUCCCGCAAAACAUGAAUUGUUGAAGAAGGAGAUGGCAGCAGCUUCCAUUUCCAAAACCCUAUCAAAGGGCGCCCGGAGUUUAAAAAACCACUGGAUCCCAACUCCAUUGUUUCCACAUCUAUAUUCAUCCUCUGCCCCUGUCUCAGCUUCUGCAUCUGCUUCUGUUUCUUCUGCUUCGUCCGUCUCCUCUCUUACUGAACCUCAAUCUUCAGGAGGGGAACAGAGACGGGGUUGGACAAAAUGGUUGCUUUUCGUUCCUGGGGCUGUCACCUUUGGCCUUGGAAGUUGGCAGAUCUUGAGAAGACAAGACAAGAUAAAUAUGCUGGAUUACAGACGAAAAAGAUUGGAUUUGGAACCCAUUCCAGGAAGCAACUUAUACUCUCUGAAUGAAAAAUUGGAUUCCCUGGAGUUCAGGAGGGUUAAAGCCAAAGGAUUUUUCGAUGAGAAGAAAUCUAUUUACGUGGGUCCACGUUCCAGAAGUAUAUCCGGAGUGACUGAAAAUGGCUACUAUCUCAUCACACCCCUUAUGCCGAUUCCUGAUGACCCUGAUAGUGUGCAGUCACCAAUUCUUGUCAAUAGAGGAUGGGUUCCGCGCAGUUGGCGAGACAAGUUUUUACAAGAUCUACCAGUUGAUGAACAAUCUAAAAAUAUAGCAUCGCCUUCCAUUCAAGAGAGUGAAAGGAGCUCUUGGUGGAGGUUUUGGUCUAAAAAGCCUAAAACUGUUGAGGAUCAGGUUCCUGCUGUGACUCCUGUGGAGGUUGUUGGAGUAGUUCGUGGAAGUGAGAAGCCUAGCAUAUUUGUUCCAGAAAAUGACCUAUGUUCUCGGCAAUGGUUUUAUGUUGAUGUACCUGCAAUUUCCCGUGCCUCUGGACUUGCUGAAAAUACUAUCUACGUUGAUGACAUAAAUGAAAAUGUCAAUCCCAGUAAUCCUUACCCUGUUCCUAAGGAAGUCAGCACAUUGAUUCGCAGUUCAGUCAUGCCACAGGACCAUCUAAACUAUACAUUAACAUGGUAUUCUCUGUCAGCAGCAGUAACAUUUAUGGCUUUCAAAAGAAUAACGCCAAAAAAGAGCCGGAGAUAACAAGCCUUUGUUAGAGAUAUAAAGUUUGUCAUGUAUCCUCCUUUUAGAUCACAUACUGGAAAUUGAUUUAUAAAAAUAAGGAGCUGGGAUAUACCCAUUUCCUUGCCAUUGUUUGUUUCUGAUUUAAUACCCUUGUUCCAGUCAUUCUUUUCACCAUGGCCUCAUUAAAACACUGGGGAUCAUUUGCUGAAAGAUUAUUGUUUCCUUUUUGUCAGCUACUCACCUCAUUAAACAAGCUGAUUUUGAUAUUGCAUGAUAGUGGAUAAACUUGUUUCAUA